UAACCCGGUGACCCGGGUUUUACUAAAUUUAAGUUUAAGUGAUGGCUCGUGUCUUUAUUUCAGUGGGUUCUAAUCUAGGAUGUAGGCUUAAAAAUAUUAAGAAUGCCUUUGAAUUUUUAAAAACACUUUCUCUUGAAAAUCAUUUACGUACCUCCUUUCUCUACGAAACUCCUCCUUUUUACUGUUUAGAACAACCUAAAUUUUUAAAUGCUGUAAUUGAGAUUAAAACGCAUCUAUUGCCCAUGAAUUUGCUAAGUGUGUUAAAAAGCGCAGAAACUAGUUUAGGCCGAGUAGAGAAUUUUCGGUAUGGCCCGCGAGUCAUUGACAUGGAUAUUUUAUUAUAUGAUGAUAAUAUUAUAAACCAAGACAAUGAAAUGUUGGUUGUCCCCCAUCCCAGGCUUCACGAACGGACCUUUGUCUUAAAACCUUUAUGCGACCUUAUACCGGACGGCAUCCACCCUCAGCUCAAUAAGUCUUAUGAAGAACUUCUCAGUGCCUUUAACUCUGAAGGCCAUUAUGCACAAGUUUUGCCAUUGGUUUCAAAUAACAACUCUGAUUCAGAAAAUAUUUGGAUGCGAGACAAACCCACGCGUUUGAUGGGCAUUCUCAAUGUUACGCCUGAUAGUUUCAGCGAUGGCGGCGAAUACAACACUCUGGAAAAAGCUUUAGAAAGAGCGAAGGAGCUUAUUAGUUUGGGCGCUGAUAUUAUCGAUAUUGGGGGGCAGUCUACUCGUCCAGGAGCUUGUGAAGUUACAGUAGAAGAAGAACUUAGAAGAGUAAUUCCCGUAAUCCGCAAGAUCCGCGAAAGUGGGCUUCAAACGAUUAUAUCUGUGGAUACGUACCGUAGUGAGGUGGCUAAAGCUGCAAUACUUGAAGGCGCUCAUAUGGUCAACGAUAUUAGCGGCGGGAAGCUGGAUGAGCAGAUGCUCCUGGUUGUAGCUGGUUUGGGGGUCCCCUUCGUCAUCACUCACUCGCGAGGAAGUCCCUCGGAUAUGGCUACUCGCAAGCAGUAUAAUAAUGUUAUAGACGAUAUUGCAAAAGAAAUGGCGCAGCAGGUCAUCUUUGCUCUGAAUAAUGGAGUCCCGCGUUGGAAUAUUAUUUUAGAUCCUGGGAUUGGAUUUGCUAAGGGCUUAAAGGAAAACAUUGCUGUUAUAAAGAACUUGAAAAAACUUUUUUCUACGGACGCGCGCAAGUGCAGUGAACAGCAAAAUAAAAACUAUUUAGUAUUAAAAGAUUAUCCUGUUCUUGUUGGACCGUCGCGUAAACAAUUUUUAGAGAGUCUCAUUUUAAAGAAACGAAAUUUUCAAAGUGGAAGUUUUGUUAGAACUUUAGAUGACUGCGAGAAUACUUUUGAAAAAGUAUGUGAAGGGCGCCUAAAAAGGGAUUAUGCAACCGCUGCUUGCGUUACUGCAUGCGUGGAGGCGCACGCUUCAAUUGUUCGAGUGCAUCAUGUAGAAGCAAUGAGUGACGUUAUUGCUGUGGCCGAUGCCAUUUAUAAAUAA